AGAGCAGGGUGGUUGCAGUCGCGCCAGGAGCAGCGAUGGCUGCGGACGGUGAACGGUCCCCGCUGCUCCCCGUCGACUCCGGGGAUGGAGGCGGCCUCGGCCCUGCAGGGUUGGUGGGCCCCGCGGGGCUCGUGUCGGGCCCCUCUUCGAACCCGCCCGGGAAGCCAAACCCGCCCCAGGGGUUUCCUUCCUUCGGUGGGGUCAACGAUGCAGGCCAAGCGGCCGUGUUGCCCGGAGAGGAUCCCCCACCCUACUCGCCCAUGGCAUCUCCAGAGAGUGGUAGCGCUCCCAUGAUCACUUGCCGGGUCUGCCAGAGCCCCAUCAAUGUGGAAGGCAAGAUGCAUCAGCAUGUAGUGAAAUGCAGUGUCUGCAACGAGGCCACGCCAAUCAAAAAUGCCCCAGCGGGUAAAAAAUACGUGAGGUGCCCCUGCAACUGCCUCUUGAUCUGCAAGGUGACGUCACAGCGGAUCGCCUGUCCUCGGACGUACUGCAAGAGGGUUAUUAACCUGGGCCCGGUGCACCCUGGGCCUCGGAGUCCUGAGCCCCAGCCCGUUGGUGUGCGCGUCAACUGUGGGCACUGCAAGAACAACUUCCUGUGGACAGAAUUCACAGACCGCACCUUAGCCCGAUGUCCGCACUGCCGUAAAGUCUCCUCCAUUGGGCGCCGCUACCCCCGAAAGAGAUGCUUCUGCUGCUUCCUGUUAGGUGUCCUAAUGGCUGUGACAGCAACGGGGCUUGCGUUCGGCACCUGGAAGAAAGCUCAGCAGUACGGUGGCAUCUACGCAGCUUGGGCGCUCGUGAUCUUUUUGGCUUUGGUCUGCCUUGGCAGAGCGACGUACUGGGCCUGCAUGAGGGUCAGCCACCCCGUCCAGAACUUCUCCUGAGCGCCCCCGCAGUUCCAGCUGCUGCUGCUCCCAGCACAUCACAUGCCAAGACCUAGCCCUGCCUGCCCCCCGUUUUUUUUUUCUUGUGUCUCCACUUCAGGGCUGGCACCGUCCGUGCCCCUUUCCCACUGUGCCAAGCAUCCCACGUUGUCAUCUCCACGGCUGCUGCAGUCCCUGCCUGCGAGGUGGGCCGGGGUGGCGUUGAAACCUACCGGCUGGGAUCCCAAAGAACUCUGAACGCGGAAACCGGGGGCUACCCCAGUGCUGGCAGAGCUCCUGCUGAAGCGCAGAGGCAGCAAAAACCCGACGGGACCAAUUCCAAGAGGAGCUUGGGUGUGCCUGGUUGUACUGGGGCCAAGAAAUCGGUGCUGGUUUGUGGCUUAGUGCUUCUUUCCUGGGGGAGACGUGGAAACCACGGUGACUGUGCUGGGGUCUGUGCACAACAGGGGACAGGAGGUACAAGACAGGUGCUUAGCUGGAGAGGGGUCAGUCCCAAAUGGAAAUCCCUACUGUGAUGAGCUUGACUCUUUGUGGAUACACUACAAUGAUUCAGCUGGGAUACUUGACAAGGUGAUGCCGUACGAUUUGUUAGCGGUUCCUACUUCUACGUUCCUGGCCGGAGCUGAAGGCAAAAUGAGCUCCAAGGGCUCACCGCUGCAUCGAUUCGUUCUCUUCUCAGUUUCUUGCACAUGCUUUGUGAUUUGAGGCAGCUGUCGAGAUGGCUGAAGCUUUGCGAGUUGAGGCAUCUUGUACAUUCCUUCCAUGGUGAGUUGGAGCAAGACGUGUCGGAAAUUAACAUACCGUUUGCUGGUUCUUAGAGAACGCCGUCACUUGACUGCCCGUAACCAUGCACUGUGACCUCUGGCGCUCUGACUCCUCUCCCAGUUCUGGGUUUCUCCCAUCCAAAAAACUCUUGCCACUUAACGCGUAUGGAGUUGACCUCUGUGUCCCAUCCCACCUGUUCCGUGACCAGCAACUGUCCCAAAAUCCAAAAGAAUCCAAGGUUCUCUGAGAACUUUUCUCUCCAGGGACUUUUUUGUUUGCUUUUAUUUCCCUCUGUCCUCCUUUCUUUGCCAGGUCCCUGGUGAAGGAACCUUCCCUUGCACCCAGCAAAAACCAAAAUUUUUCUUAGACAUUUGGAUGAGGGACCAAUGCCACUGAUUUGGACAUGCCUUGAAAUCCACUGUGCCCUGAGACUGCUGAGCUUAAACCCACAUAUGCUGGGGUUGAAUUUCCUUUCCCUUCCCUGUCGGUGGUUUGACACUGGACAACCAAGCCCUUUCCACUCUCAAAUUGUCAACUUGUCUGUGCCUGGCUUCUACAACUUGGAACCCUCCAAAUCUGUUGGACUACAGCUCCUAUCACCCCCAGUGAUGGGAGUUGUACUCAGCAUGCCAGGAGGAAGGCCAGGUUGGGGAAAAAGUCUGCUUUUCCUUUCCAGCUUGAUUUUGGCCUUCAUUUUAGUCUCUGCUGUUUUUUUCCUUCCUCCUCCCCUGGAGAUGCUACAUGGUUUAAACCUGUCCUUUGCCUCAACCAUUUGAAGUCUGCGUGAGAUGCUUACGGUACAGAAACUCGCCUCUGCUGUAAGGUGCAUAAGGAGGGGCAUCCUGGCAGGAAGUAUGCUGGUGACUGGAAAUCUCUCUUCACAGCCUUUCCUAUAAGUCUGUCUGGGCCUUUAUCAGUGGGGUGGCAAGCCCUCAGCUUCAGCCCCUGCCUCUACUUCUUUCUGAACCCCCUGGCUUUGAGCUUGUAGCCUCGAAUGUGUUGCAGCUGCAGCUUGUAUAUAAAGAUGCUCUGUGUGUAAAUAGCGCUAUUUAAACUCCCUCUCCCCUGUGGUGGCUUGCCUGCCUGCCUGCCUGUGUCCUUUGGCCUGGGUGCCUGUACUUUCUCCUGUCUCCCCCCUUUCUUCAGUCAUAAUGAAACGUGUCUGCUACCUUCUUCCUUUUCCCCACAGCCAAAGGAGGAACAAAGAAAUGACUGGCUGGUUGUAAAUAAAGUAGAUAUUCCAUA